AUGUCUACCUUCACUUCUAAUCAAACUCUUCCAUUCGAUUCAUGCAUCCAUACUUGGGACGCAAACGAAAUGAUGGUUGAUGAUCAUACUGGAUAUUCAUCCGAUGAAAAUCUCGAACAACCUGAUGAACCUAGUUUCCCUUUCGUUGAUCCGACAGAUGAUGAUGAAUCCCAAUACGUAUUCAAUACUCAAUCUCAACAGUCCCAAUGGUUUCAACCUCCUUCUACUUUUCCUCAAAGUGGAGGAUUUAAUGAUCAAGUUGACAUUGAUAAACUCACAAAUCGAAUCACUGAACUGGAAGUUGAUCCUAGAAAAAAAACCAAACGGGGUCAAUCUGGUAAAGGUGCUUUGACAACUAAUACCACUUUAGCUAACAGGACCAAUACAGGAAGACAUGGACGUAAAAAUAGUAAGAGGUUCGAACCUACCAGUCCGACUUCGUCUACUGCCAUUGUUCAUCAUAGGAAAAAACGACAGGACAGUGGUAGUUAUUCGAAAAAUAUCGACAAGGCAUUCGAAGCGCUCACGGAUGUUAUCAUGACUGAUUAUCCAACGGAUCAGUCAAAUACUGUCGUUGGGGAGAACAGCCACAAAGACGCCGGAAGAAUAUCAGACGUAUAA